UCCCUCGCGCGCCUCUUCCCCCGCCCAUCCCCCUCCCCAUCCGCGACGUGGCUGCCCCCCUGGCAGCACAGGGGGCAUGCGCAGGGCAGGGUGCUUUUAGGGGAGACGGGGCAUGUGCUGACGGCGGCUCUUGUGCACCAUACUGCAGUGCAUGGGUGUGAUGAUGAUCACGCCACAUACCACACACAACAGCGCCAGAGGGACCUGCACCGCAUCUUCACAGCCUUUGGGGCCCCACCGCAUUCCGCAGCCUCAGCGCACCCACAGCGGUCUGUCCGCACCACUAGAGCGCGUGGAUUGCAGGAAUCGCCUGCAGUAGCAGCAGCAGCAGGUGCUGCUGCCAGGGGCGUCGCGGCAUUCGACCUGGGAGGCCGAACCAUCCCAUACGGGCUGUACUAUCUGAACGUGUCGCUCUCCUUGCCAGCUCGCUCCUUCUCUGUGGUCUUUGACACGGGCAGUGACAUGCUGUGGGUGCCCUGUGACUGUAUCCAGUGUGCUACUGACUCCUCCCUUGUUCCCCUGAGUGCCCCUUACCGCCCGGAGAAUUCUAUCACAGCGCAACCCAUUGCCUGCAACAGCCCUCUCUGCCCCACCGGCCGCCCCAACAUUGGCUGCGGCGUCGCUCCCAACCUCACCCGCACAGUCCGCACUCCCACCACCAUCUCCCGUUCUGCUCAGCCCGAAUCUCCCACCACUGGGGUUCCAGAGCCUCUACCGCUCUCAACCUCUUCCAAUGCCUCUGAUUCUCUGUCGGGCUCCUCGCCCCAGCCUGCUGCUGCUGAUUGGCCCUCCCCAAGUGACACGUGUCAGUAUGUGAUUCGCUACGGGGAUGGCAGCAGCACGGAGGGGACGCUGGUGACUGAUGUGAUUAACCUGAGUGUGACGCAAACGGGGGUGAGCACAGUGGCAGCUGCCACGUCAGCGUCGUCUGUGCCAGGUGGCGGUCAGCCAUUGGAGGGGUCGGCAGGGAGUGGGAGCAGUGUCGUGAGCCCUCGGGUGCUGUUUGGUUGCUCGUCCCUACAGACCGGCACGCUCAUCAGCAGCCCCUAUUCAGUGGACGGGCUCAUGGGCUUCGGCUCCGGCCCUCGCUCCGUCAUCCGCCAACUCUCCUCUCCCGCCUCCUUCACGGACUCGCCAACACAAGUGCCAGCCUCCCCUGCAGGAGCACCAGCAGCAGCAAGAGCAGCAGGCACAGGCACAGGGGCAGGAGCAGAGCAGGAGGAGGCGGUAAUGCCGUUUGCAUUCUCCUUCUGUCUGGACGGAGGUGACACGGGGGGAGGCCACCUGGCGAUUGGGCGGUCAGAGCAGCCCGCGGACUUGCAAACAGCAGCACUGUGGCACGUGGAUGGACUCCCAUACCAUUACAUCAACAUCACCGGCAUGAGUAUCGGAGGCCGCCAGGUGGCGGGCGUUGAUUCGCUGUCAGCAGUGGAUGUGGCCAGCCUGGAGGGCGGCGUCAUUAUCGACAGCGGCACCACCUUCACUGCGCUGCCGCCCGCCGUCUACGCCUCGCUGCGGGAUGCGGUGUUUUCGGACCCACUUCUCUCUGCCUUUUCUGAUCCCACCCUCGGGGAUUGCACCCUCUUUCCCAGCAAUGCCACCCUCUUCGACUCGGUCUUUCCGAACCUCGUCAUCAGCUUCGGCAACACGACCUGGGCCGUGCCACCCACCAACUACCUCUUCCUCGGGGGCUUCAUGGAGCGCACAGGCCAGGCUUUACUUUGCUUGGCAGCCCUCCCCAUUUCCUCCUCACGUGUUUCCGCCAUCAUUGGAGAGUCCUGGCUGCAGAACUUUUACAUCCUCAUGGACGAGGAGAGAGGGCUGUUCGGCUGGCACUCCCUCAAUUGCUCCACGGGCCAGGAGCUUUUCCGAACGUCGCUUCCACAAGAAGGUAACUCUGCACCUGCCACGCCCAACACCACAGCACCCAGCCGCGGCCAUGGGCCAGAGAGUGUGCGCCCGUCGAGUCCGAGUCAAGCCUCACAAAGUCAAGCCUCACAAGGCGAGCCAUCGUCAACACCCGAGGCAAAAGGUGCAACGGCUGCCAACAACAGGGCCAAAACUAAUCUAUAUCUACUCGAGCAGCAGGGGGAGGAUGCAGCGCAGGGAGGGGGGCGGUCGCUACAGCAGGUGGAGGAGGAGGCGAGGGCGCAGGUGGACCCGUCUGCGUUCCUCAUCCUCCUCAACUGCGCCUCACCAGGCGUCCCUGAGGAGCAGCUAGCAGUGCACUUCUCGUCGCGCUUCAACCGCAGGCCCCACCCCAACAGCGCGCUUGAGAAGAUGAUGAACACGGUGAGUGGUGGAGUGUGGUGGUGGGUGGGUGAUCAGUCGUGGUGGGGCGUGGUGUGA